GAAUACGCAAAAAGUAUACCUCAAUAUAAAUAGCCCGGGUAACAAAAAUCAGUAACUGAGUGGGGAAGCAAAUGACAAUGAACAAUCUUGUGAACUUUCUGACAAACAUAUUAGUCAUCAUCGUACCGAUACUUCAUGGAUUUGAAGGUGUGGAAUUGCCAAAAGUGGAACGAUCUUUGACAAAAAAUGGUUUUCAUAGGGAGCUAACAACAAAGAUCACUUUUGGAAAAUCUCUAUUUAAAAACUUUUCCAACUGUGAUGUGAUGGUACUGGAGUUACUUCCCCCUGGUGCCUAUAUUGACCCAUUCCAGCUGCGAACGCUCAGAGAAUUUGGUGGACCUAGGUUUAUCUGUGACCCAGUGGAUGUAGAACAGCCGGAAUAUCUCGCUUCAUCAUUGAACGUUUCGUUGUAUACAUCUGCUCUGACUGAUGAUAUGGACGAUCUGAUGACCAGCGUCACCAUACCAAUACACCUCCGCUAUCACAGACCGUCGUCCAGUGUAGAGUAUACAUUAGUCAGCAUACCAAAGCCCUUGCUUCUCCUAUCCUGUACAGCAAAAGAUUACACAGGAGCUGUGAUUGGUGAAGAAGACCUUUCCUGUACAAGUGCCACAUUGAUCAAAUGUAGAUGGACAAUGGUCGAGUACCUCAUAGAUGAUGAUGAUGAUGACAUUAAGGUAACAGUGCCAGUUGGUCAAACUAGCCACACAAUACUUGUAGUGGUAGGGACAAUACUGAUGACGGUUGCUGGAUCUUUUAUCAUCUUAUUAAAAACCUUGAAGUUUAAACAUGGAAUUAAAGAAAAGGUCAGCUGAGUUGA